AUGCUCCCAUCCCAGGAGGUCACACCAGGGCUGGAUGAGGCCACCUCACCUCCAGCCACAGCAGCCAGCAUCUCUCGGGAUACAGGCAGCUCUGUGAAGCUGGCAGCAGCCUCAGCCAGCCCUGCCACUGCCCUCCCCGGGGUCCCCCACCCCACAGCCACAGAGGGUGUCAGGAUGGUGGCCCCACCGCCUGCAGACCCCCCAAGCACAUCCUCAGUAAAGGUUACCUUUUCUUCUGCCACCGUUGGCAUCGGCGAGGCUACAGAGCCAGGGACACGUGCCUUAUCCAAUGCUGACCACAACGCCUUGCAGGACCCCCCUGCACCCCCUGCUCAGAUGCCUCCAGACCUUUCACCCCAGCUCCCCGCUGGUGCUGUGCCGGGCACAGGAGAGACGCUUCGCCCCAGCCGCAGCAUGGCCCCCGGCACUGCUGGAGAUGGGCUGCCUGGAGCCAAUGCCGUCACCCACCCCCAGGCCACUGCACUAGCUCCAGGCACACCAGCUAUGGCGAUGGAUGUCAUUGCUGCAGAGCACGUCCCCGGUCUGUCAUUCCCAGCUCUGGGAAGCACCAGCGCUGAGCUGGUGUCCGUCAGGAGUGAGUCCAGCACCAGAGCCACAGCAGGCACCACUUCCCUGGAGACCAAGGCCAGCUCAGUGGGGCUCAGCAUGAGGCUGUCGCCCAGUGCAGCUCCUGAUGGCCCUGGUGGUCCCUCUCUGGGGCCCUUUGCACAUUCGACGGGGCCUCUGCUCCCCCAGACCCCCUCAGCAGGCCCUGGGGCCACCACAGCAGAGAUGGCUGCAGGCGGAUCCCCUCCAGCCAGCCCCAGCAUGGCCACAUCCUUGUCCCUCACGAGUGGCGGUGGAGCAAAGCCAGACGGGGCCCCUCGAGCUGCUGCUGCACCAACAUCUUCCCUCGGCGUGUAUGGCAUCGGGACUGGGCCAGCUGCCCAUCCAUCCUCCCUCAUUAGCAACACUCCAAUUAGUGAAGCAGGGAUGGGAACAGCAUCGUUGGCCAGUGGCAACGCCACCACAAUGCUGUGGGACACUGGAGCCACCCUGGCUGUGUCUGAUGCAUCUCCCUGA